AUGUCUCUGGCGAUCUCUCCACACCUAAUUACCUUAAACCACAGCGGUGUUAGCCACAUGGUCUUCCACUUACUGGGCAUCCCUGGCCUAGAGAACCAGCGCAUGUGGAUUUCCAUCCCCUUCUUCAUUUCCUAUGUCAUCGCACUGCUUGGGAAUAGUCUACUCAUCUUCAUUAUCAUCACAAAUAGCAGCCUCCAUGAACCCAUGUACCUUUUCCUUUGCAUGCUGGCUGGAGCAGAUGUUGUCCUCUCCACAUGCACAGUUCCCCAGGCCUUGGCCAUCUUCUGGUUCCAUGCUGGGGAGAUCUCCCUGGAUCGCUGCAUCACUCAGUUCUUCAUUAUCCACUGCACUUUUAUCUCUGAGUCAGGGAUCUUGCUGGUGAUGGCAUUUGACCGCUACAUUGCCAUAUGUUACCCGCUAAGAUACACCACCGUUCUUACACAUGCACUGAUUGGGAAAAUUGGUGUUACCAUCUUGAGAAGUUACUGUACAAUUUUUCCCAUAAUAUUUCUUCUGAAAAGGUUGACUUUCUGCCAAAAUAAUGUUAUUCCACAUACCUUUUGUGAACAUAUUGGCUUGGCCAAGUAUGCUUGUAAUGACAUUCGAGUGAACAUCUGGUACGGACUUUUUGUAGUAAUGUCAACAGUGGUUUUAGAUGCUCUGUUAAUUUUUGUUUCUUAUGUGCUGAUUCUUCAUGCUGUGUUCCACAUGCCUUCCCAAGAUGCUCGUCAGAAAGCUCUCAGCACAUGUGGCUCCCACGUUUGCAUCAUCAUCCUCUUUUAUGGGCCUGCCAUCUUCACAACUGUUACUCAGCCGUUUGGACGUCACAUUCCUCCUCAUAUCCACAUCUUGUUGGCUAAUGUCUGCAUUCUGGUUCCACCUAUGCUGAAUCCCACCAUUUAUGGGAUCAAGACCAAGCAAAUUCAAGAGCAGGCAGUUCACAUGUUUUUUCCAAAGUAG